GACUACAAUCACCAGCAGAGGACGCUAUUUCACCCCAAACGAGAGCGUCAGUUAGGGCUUCAAAACGUGCAUAACGAAUGUAAGCAUGCUGUCUUGAAAUGUCAGAGCCAUCCCAGGAAUCCAGCACGAGCUGCACUGAUGUCGACCCAGUUUAAAGCCAGUUAAUGAGAGUGAUCCGGAUCCACAGUGACGGAGCUGUCACCGCUGUGUUGGCUGUACUGAGCAUUUAGCACCGGGAGUCAAGAAAGAAGAGGGUCCUCCCGCUUCAAUUGUGUUGUCAUUGAUUGAGAAGGAGCAGAUCGAUAAGUGGAUCAGUUUGAUUAGUGGUGCGGAUUUGUUCCAGCUCUCCAGAUGUGAGAGGAGCCCCAGUCUGCGGGGCUACACGCGGCUUUUUAGUGAGCGGAGCGCGAGACUGCGUGUCUACAAGUGCGGCACAAUCUCGAGGAAAAGGUAAGAGGGGGUCUCGAGCAUGAACAGGCAUGCAAGGACACGGCUGCUAUUCCUUUAAUUAAACUGAAAUGCAUUUGAAACUGUGAGCUACUGAUUAAAAUAACCGCAGAUAGAUGCAGUUAAUUUUAAAAACACGUGUCUAAACACGGGAUAAUGCUGUUUUUUAAACAUUUAUGACAUAGUCCCUGCAAACACUAUCAUGGACUUAACGAUAAUGGUAAAGAUGAGACCACAGAUGCAAUUAUUGUGUCAGACUUUACAUUGUAAUAUGAUUUUUUGUCAUGAUAAGCCUGAGUGACAGACCCCCCCCCUCGCCGGUCUAAUUCUGGCACGAGGCUCAGGGGGCGGGUGCACGACUGGAAUAACAGCGGUGGCUGCAUCUGCUGCAGUGAGAAGCUGCAACAAGUUUAUUAUCCAGUGAGGAAAGAGAGAGAGAGACAGCGAGGACUGAGGUUAAGGGAGUGACAGUAAGGAAAAGUGACAGCUGCCAGUGAGUGCAUAUAGGCUCAGGCUGCAGAAAUAGAGAGUGUGUAUGUGUGUGUGUGUUUGACAGCUUGUGUUGUGUUUCAAGGACCUACAUGAUGGAGCUGGUCAGACUUGCAGUGUCCUUGCACAUUCUUCUGUGUCCUGCGUUGGCUCUACUCCGUCGCCCCUACAUGGACAGCAUCCUCUCUGCACGCUCAGGUGAGUUGUGGGAUUGCAUAUGUGUUGCAUGCAUGUUUCAUCCCUUUUCAUUCAUAACGGUGCUGCUCUGUUUCACGUCCUUGCAGCUCUUGGCUUAUCUGACGAGGCGUUGAGGUUUGAACCCUGCUGCCUCAUGUCACCUCCUCCGCCGCCACUCUUUCCCCCGCCACCUCAGCUGUGGAAGCGUGGCACCCCUGUAGGUCACACACACACAAACAUACACACACAUUUCAAUAACUCCUAUCAGCAAACUCAUUAUAGUACACAUACCAAAACCCUAUUCUCUCUGUGUUUUUGACCAAAGGAUAGUAUUAGCUUCCUAGAGCCCGGCGUUUUCGAAGGAAUAGAACCAGAGAAAGAAAAACCAGUGAUACCUGGGUGUUUACCUGGCCCUCCAGGACCUCCAGGGCCCCAGGGGCCAGAGGUAAGGCUUGUUUUCAAGAUAGGAACCUCAUAUUACUAGCUGUACCACUUUUAAGUCUGACUCAACAGGCAGGAAGAUAAAGACAAAUGUACUGACUACUUUCAAAUACAGCCAAUUUUCAUGAAAACAAAAUGAAAAAAUUCAAGCUUGAUAAAAAUUUGGUGUCAUUUUCAGGGUCAUAGUGGACUGCCCGGCAUAAGAGGACCAAAAGGAGAGAAGGUUUGUUUAUUUAAACUCUUAAAACUCCCCUCUGAUGUCUGUCUCUAUGGAUGUAUUUGUGUGUCCUUGAGUUCCCUCCUGCUCUAAAGACCACUCCAUCUCCUCUCUCUUCAUUUGUCCCCCUCCAGGGAGAAAUUGGACGUCCAGGGUUAAAGGUGAGCCGCUCCUCCCCUCCUUUGCAUCGUUCUUUCCUCGCUCAUUUCUCCCUGGUCACUUCUGCAUGUCCUUGGAAUAAUAGGAUCUGGAUACCGCUCUCCUUCCAUCUCCGUUGUCUCCUCUCUGCAUCCUCAAUCUCUGUGAUGUGAUUUGUCUGUUAAGGAUGGGUCAUGCUACAAUAGUCUUUGAGCACGCAGCAGAGCUCGAUCACAUCCCUGAAGGUCUCCUGUCAUCCACCCUCCCCUCGUCUCUCGUUCCCCUCCUCUCGCCUCUGCAUCUUCCUUCUCUCCCUCUCCUCCCUUCCUUUGCCUGGCUCCAUUAGCACUCGCGCUGGACUCAAGUCCUGCUGAUCCAGGCUCUUCGCUGCUCCGCUCCUGCGCUUUAAUCUCCCUAAGUGCUUUUGCUCUCCAUGAUAAAUCAUUCCACGCAGCAGCAGGUCCACAGUGUCUCUAUAGGCUGCAGUUUUAAUGACAAGCGGCUAAAUGAGAGCGCGCUGCUAGCAUGGCAGCAGCUCUGGGAUUCUGGUCCAGGUGUCACUGAAAUGUGAGGCCUUUGUGCUAUAUAUUUGGCUUUCUUGCUUUCAGGGAACUGGCGAUAGAGCAAAAUCAAUGAAGCCAUUAUGCCUGUCCAAUAAAUAGCAAGUUCAGUGGCAAGGUUGUAGUUUCUCAUGCUUGGUUUUGUACUCUGUCAGUUUAAUACUUUUCUGUUUCUGUCUCUUAUUUAUUAAGAAAAUACUUGACUCAGUCCUCCAUGGGGAACUGAGUUAUGCAAAAAUGAUCAUCAGAUACAGCUGCAUAUCAUCAGCAUAUAACACAAAUGGUCCUAAUUCUGAGAAAGAUCCUCUGUAUUUAGAAACAGGCAUCAGAGCUGCAUCAAAGAUCAACAUCUGGAGGAGACGGCAAGCGACCUCAGUUAACCCCAGCUCCAGUGUAGUCAGUAAACACAGCCCUAAAGUCGUCACAGCAUGUUAACACUGCUAAAAACUACAACAUGCUGCCUUUCCAUUUUGUAAAGGUGAAUUAAAUGAGACACACCUACUCAGCACAUCAUUGGGUUGAGGGUCAGCAGUUUUGUCACCCUCAGACAAAGCCAGGCUAACUGAUCACCUAUUGUCAGGAUUUCUGCGAAGCUAAGCUUAUACAAUAUUCCAAUGGAGGUACGUUACCGGUAAUUAAUUUAAUAAACCCAGAACAGGGGUAUUAAUCAUGAGCUUGAACUCAAGACAGGAAAUUUCCACAUGAAAUGAAAAGUAAGCGUAAUGAUGUUUGUGUUUCUGCAGGGUCGUACAGGGGCUCCAGGCCUACCAGGGAAACCAGGUCUUCAAGGAUGGCCCGGUCCAGAGGGACCAAAGGUACGUCCCACCCUCCAAAUUUACCUCAAAGUGAAUUAUGAACUGCUGCUUAGUGUGGUGAGCCAGUGAAAAAUGCAGAGUCAGAGAUCCUCACUGGGGGAGAAGCUUCAGUGCCGUAUGCAACAGGAACUCAACUUUAGUCCUGACCACCUAAGGAACAAAGGCCAGACCUUUUUCUCUGUGCUACAGCAUUUAGAGUUACAAGGUCAAGCUUGUCAUCUGAUCUGAGGUUAAAAAUUAGAAAUGUACCUCCAGUUCAUUUCCCAGUAUGUCUCCCAGUAUAUACGGCUAAUACAGCUAACAGCUGUAAAGAAGCAUUUCCAAGUGUUGGAAACAUAGAGCAGUCAUGUUAUCAAGAAAAGAUUCAUGUGUCGUUAAGGGAAGAUUCCUGUUUUAUGUCCAUGUCUAGAAACAGACCGACUGUCAAGAAGCGUAUUUUUGUGUAUUUCAACAUUAGGGUGAAAAAGGAGAUCCAGGACUCAUGGGAUUACCCGGACUGAGGGGACCACCAGGGAUGAAGGUGACUUUGAGCUUUCUGACAUCUUAUACUCAAAUUCAUUCAUGUCAGCAAAGAACAAAACACAGUCUCACAGAUUCUUAUGCUAUUUUCUGUAUUUUCUUUGUCUUUUCAGGGUCUACCCGGUUACAAAGGAGAAAAAGUAAGUUCAGGAUCAACUCUCACAGUUCGUGUUUGUCUGUACACAAUAUCAUAUCUCCUCUUAAUUUUUUCUCUCUGGUGUCUCUUCUAAAAGGGGACUCGUGGUGAUUCAGGAGGAGCAGGGCCAAAGGGAGAUAAGGUUUGUAAAGAAAUGUCUGUUGUUUUUUUAGAAGAGUAAGUCCCCCCGCAUCUUUUUCUUUUUUUUGAGAUGGAUAAUGUUAUGAUAAAAAAGGCCAUAUUUAUGUGUUACAGCUGUUGUAAUGGAGGAAAUCAGCAGCCAGUCCCUUUCUUAAAAAUGAGGAUGACAAUGUUUCUGAAAGUUUCAAUUCAAUUUGAGGGAAAAUGCUUCAUAAUCAUGUUCUUCUGAGAGCCUAUUCCUUUCAAAAGAAAGUCCAUGUACUAUUACUACAUCUUAAUGACAACUUUAUUCUCAUGAUAUUAUGACUUUAUUGUUGUAGUAUUAUAGUUUUAGUCUCAUAAUGUUGGGUCUUUAUGCUCGUAAUAUUUUGAAAUUUUUAUGCGUUAGUUGACCUUAGUUGACCUUAGUUGAACUUAAUUCUCACAACGCAUUGUUUUGAUUCUUGUUAUAUAAUGACUUUAAUCUCGUAACUUUAUGACUUUGACUGUAUUUACACAACAUUUUGUCUCUGUUGUCAAAUUUGACAGCUUUACUCCAGCUAUAUUCUGGAAAAAUUAUGAUUUUAUUCAUAAUAUUUGGCCAGUUUUUUAUCAACUUAAUUCUUGUUAAAUUAUUAAUUUAUUCCCCUUAUAAACUUUAAUUCUAAUGAUAUAACUUAUUUCUCAUAAUAUCAGGCUGAUUUUAUUAAACUUUUAUACGAGUAUCAUUUUCUUUUAAUAACAUUAUGACUUAAUUCUUUUCCCAUUAUGACUUUACUCAGACUUUAUCUUCUCCUUAUUUGAUUUGAGUAAAUGUCCUUACUUUACCACAACUUGCAUUUUUGGGACCCUUUUUUCAUAAUACCAGGACUUCAGUUUCUUAUGACUCUACUUGUACCAGAAUGUUUUGUUUUUUUGUGUGUGUGUGGAAAAUUGUGACUUUAUUCUGAAAACAUUGUAUAUUUUUGUUCCUGAAAAUUGCUCUAGCACUAUAUCAUAGUUUUUUUUAUAACAUUUUGCAUCUUAUUUAUGUGUGGCUCCAUCUAAUGGCACCACAAACUGUGGUUUGAGACACCUCUUUUUAGGUCCCUCAUUCAAAGCUCACCUGUGUCGUCUUUUUGAGUUUAAGAUAAAGUGAUCAAGAAACAGAUAAGUGUCUGCUCUGAUGAGUUAAUGACUUUUCUCACAUCACAUUCUCAUUUUGUCUCCAUUUAGGGCUCCAUUGGUUUGCCUGGGAUGCUUGGACAGAAGGUAAAAAUGAUUCCUGUAUAACUACAGCAAAAACCAGGAUUCAAACUGAUUCCUUCCCAACUUCUGUCCCAGGGUGAACAAGGACCUAAAGGAGAGCCAGGAGUCUCAGGGAAGAGAGGACCAACUGGACGGCCUGGGAAGAGAGGGAAGCAAGUAAGGAGGAAACGAGACAGGGAGACGUAUGGAUUGUUUGGUUUCCUCUGUGAACUACGUGUGUCUACAUGAUUUUGAUGCAUCAGAUGUCCCACACCUUUAAACACAUCCUCACAGCAUCAAUUAAUCUGUGUGUGUGGACUUCAACUCUCUGAGCUGACAGCUUCAUAUGUCUCUCACCAGCCAAUUUAGUUACUCAACUUUUACCUCAAGCUCUAAUUUUAGACUUUAGAGGGGGGUAGAGAGUCUUUGGCAUUCCUAUAUAUUUAAAUUUGCACACACACACCUCUCACAUGCACACACACACUCGUGUAUUUUUCCAUAGACUGUAUCAUCCCAGCUAUGCACAAGUGUCUGAAGCAUGUAGGUCACUUCCAGUAUGUGGGUUUGUGUUUUCUAACGUUGUGAUGUGGCCGGCUUUGCACAGGGGAUGAAGGGUCAUGGUGGAGCCUCUGGAGUUAUGGGCCCCCCAGGACCCCCUGGUCCAAACGGUCAUCCUGGUCCACCUGGGCCUCCUGCAUCAGGUACAUUAACCUGCUCUCUGACACAGAACUAUAGUUUGUGGUGAAUAAACAUUGACUGUAGAAGAAAUGACGUUAGGCAUCCUGCUUUGUGGACGGUCUUUGGAGGCCUGAAGUUUAGCUUUGUAGCCUCAUUGUGGGUCUCUGCUAUGAAAAAAGUUAAAGAAGUGGUUUCUCUCACAUGCUUUGAUCACUUGGUCUGACACCUACGAUCUUGCAGGAAUUAGAGAUGUUAAAAAUUACCAUAAGGAAAUUGACAAUGCUUUUGCUAACAGUCUGGAUCAUUUAUAUAGGACAAAAAGAGGCGGGGCUGUUAAUUUUAAGUUCUUUCAUAACUAUUCAAAAACUCCUCACAGGAGCUUUAACGACAUUGUUUAAAAAAGAAAAGGGUGCUGCAACAAAAAAGCCCACAUGUGGCUACCAAGACUGUAAACCUAUUCGUUUAUGGCCUAGAGUUUAGUGUUUUCAUAUGAGGGACUUAGAGAGAGAGGGUUUUUGCCUAGGUUUUAGUCCAAGUGGUUACGGCUCAGUUUAAUAUCAAACUAAUGUGGGUAUACGUAUUUACUCAUUUGUUUUGCUGUGUUUUACUUUGUCAUUGCUGUUGUUUCAGGUCUCUAUCUGGUCGGAGAAAAAGGAGAGAAGGGUCUCCCAGGUCCAGCAGGUCGCUGUGACUGUGAUUCCACUGUUGUAGCUAACAGUGCUCCUUUUGGGAGCUACACACAGCGGGGCGGUCCUAACAAAGUCCCUGCAGUAAGACCCUUUCCUGUAUAAAACUGCAACCUUGCAAUAUCAACCUUCAAAAAUGAUGCUCACCAGCUUUACCAUCCUUCUUCUCUGUGUAUGUGUGUGCAGAUAUUUGUGGUAAACAAUGAAGAGGAGAUGGAAAAUCUACAACUAGACAGUGCAAUAGCAUUCAGGAAGGAUCAAAGGAUGCUCUACUUCAAAGAUAAAGAUGGAUGGAAAGCUAUACAGGUAACAACUAUGAUCAAAUUACUGAGCUGGAAGACCGUGGCAUUUGUUGUAAUUAGUGUUCAGUUUCCAGUGAACACCUGACUGUUCAAUUUUACCUCAAAACUUUGUAACUAGCCUCAAAGUUUGUACCAUUUUUGAUGGUAAGAGAUUGUUUUUUAAUGCCAGGAACUGCAGUUUCCAAAACACUGAAAUUAAGGUUUUACUCACUUGGUAUUUUAGGAGUUUUCCGUCACUUUUAUUUCCAAUCAAAGGCUGUUUGGUUUAAUUAAUUGUGUUGGACAUGGACUGAGUUAAUUCCAUCUAAUGUGGAAGCGUAAAAACGUCUAAUUUUCGAUUUUGAUUGAGGGAAGCUGGAAUGCAUCAUGUAAAAAAUCUCAAACUCCUUCUGGGUGAUAAAAUCUUUUGAAGUGAGUGUUUUGAGCUCGUUGUGUGGUUUGGUUUUCAGCCCUUCCAGUCGUUUCAGUCCACAGAGAAAGUCCCGGACAGGGUUGGUGUGUGUGGGGAUGGAAAGGUGCAGCCACAGCACGGAGAGGAGUGUGAUGAUGGAAACCAGAUCGUGACUGACGCGUGUCUCAGUGAGUAACAUGCAUUUCUUAGCUUAUGUAAUGAAGUAUGUGUAACAAGACUUUAGAACAAAUAAUAAGCAGGCUUCUCUGAGAAGAGGAGUUUACAAAGCAUGUAAGAUUUUUGCUGGACAAGCUCUUCCAAGCUGUUCAAUGUCAGGCUGUUUCUAAGGCACCCUGCAGAGCUCCACUGCUGCACCCCACAGAGUGUGAACCCAUGGGGCAGAGGAUAAAAGCAGAGGGUGCUGUGAAACCUUUCCUUGAUCUUUCAUUAAUCUCUCCCUCUUUUUCCUGCCAUCCUCUCAUUUCUUGGUUCAAUUAAAUUAGCAGAAAAAUGCUGUUUUGGCAUCACUGGAACACAGGAGUGCCAAAGCAUUCGUAACUUCUCUCUCCCUUCCCUCCCUCCCUCCCUCCCUCCCUCCUGACUCUGUUUCUGCUUCUGCUUUUUCCUCUGUCAUCUCAGACUGUAAAUGGGCUUACUGUGGAGAUGGAUACAGGCAUGAAGGCAUGGAGGAGUGUGAUGGAAAGGACUUUGGGUAUCAGACCUGCAAAUCCUACCUUCCAGGGUAUGUUCAAUGACAUGCAUAUUUGUCUAGGUUUAAAGGCCUAUGUUAUCUCUCUUGUGCCAAGGCAGUGCAAUGCAUUUCUUAAUCAUCAGCAUAUUUAUAGUGCAGUGCAGCCAUCUGAACACAGUACAGGUCACUUAAAUGACCCACUGUACUUAAACUGAUGAUCUCUCUGAAAUUAGGGUGAAUUAUUCUUCAAGCAUGCACUGUUCUCUAAAUAAUAUAAUCUGUAUAUCACUGUGUUCUGCGUGAUUUACAUUAACACUUAAAGGACACUUCCUUGUCUCUUCAGGUCCUUUGGGCAGCUCAGAUGCACAGAUUCCUGCCUCAUUGAUUCCACUGGCUGCAAAUAUUUCACCUGAACUCUAAUGUGAAAUUAAGGCAAGAUUGCAACUUUGCAGCUCCCCCUUUCUGAUCACGGGGAUUGUACUCCAGAUUUCCACUGAAGUCUGACCCUUUAAAAAAAAUAACAGCUGGACUGAGAACUGAAGAAAGCUCUUAUGCCUGCUCUGAGCCAUGAAAAGUCAAUGAGGGUCAGCUUUGGCUUGAAACUCUCACUGGCCUCAGGGAGGAGCACUCAGUUUCUAUCCCUUCAUCGGCUGCAGGACUGUUAUGGACACUGGUGAUGGCAGGGAACAUUUAAAUGAUUGUAUCAUAUAAAAUACUUACAAUGUGUAUGACUUGCUGACUGUUGAUGCAGAAAUAAGCUAUGUCCUGAACUUUUUUUGUAAUAACAUAGGAGAGAAGGGCCUUUCCUUGAAGAAGCAAUGAUAUUAUUGAUACUCUAUGUACUGUAGUAUGCAAAUCAGGGGUGUGUAAAUGUGCCAAUUCCUGUGCAAUGUAUUACAAAACCUGUAUUUAUGAAGUGCAAUGUUGUUAAACGCAUGUAAUUGUGAACCAGCACACAGAUGAACACUUUAGAUCGUGCUGUAAAUGUCCUUGCCAAAGUUUUACCCCUAUGAAGUGAAUGUUACAAUAGCCGACAGAAGAGAAGUGAUUGUAAGACGCAACAAAUAUGUGAAAAAAAAGCCCCCUGCAGCAUGAAGAACUGCUUCAAUCACACAAAAUUGAGAAGAAGAGGUCUGAUCUGUGGAUUAUCUACCUGCAUGACUAUAAAUUUCUUAAAAUAUGGCAUAUUAAUAAAGACAUCUACAAUUCA